AAUACUAUUGCGUUAUGAUUAAAACAAAGGUCAUAUAAUUCUGGAAGCAAGAAGAUAUAAGAACUCAAGAAACUGCCUGGGAUCUCUCGGGACACCGAAGAAGGCAGGGGUCCUCAAAGCCUUGAGGGCCAACCAGAUUGCAGACCCAGGUGAAUCCAGGAACUUCGAGGGAAAACUCACAAGGUCUCUGAGACCCUUAUAGGAGAGGUUUCCGAAGCACUUCUGCAGCCCCGGGGAAGAGGAAGAUGGCCCCCCACAGCCUGCGGCUGCUCCUGGUGCUGAGCUGUGUAGCCAGCACUGAAGUCCUGGGUAACAUCCUCAUGAGACCCAGCUGUGCUCCCGGAUGGUUUUACUACCUGUCCAAUUGCUAUGGAUACUUCCGGAAGCUGAGGAGCUGGUCUGAAGCUGAGCUCGAGUGUCAGUCCUACGGAAACGGAGCCCACCUAGCGUCUCUCCAGAGUGUAAAAGAAGCCACCACAGUAGCAAAAUACAUAACUGGCUACCAAAAAAACCAGCCCGUGUGGAUCGGCCUGCACGACCCACAAAAGAAGCAACAAUGGCAGUGGAUCGAUGGGGCCUUCUAUGUCUACAGAAGCUGGUCUGACGCGUCCAGGCAUAGGGACAAGUACUGUGCGGCGAUGAGCUUCAAGAACGAUUUUUUGACCUGGGAGAGCAACGAAUGCAGCAAACACCAGCACUUCCUGUGCAAAUACCGACCGUAGAGCGAGCAUCCGGGCUGAGCCCAUGCCACGCGAGCCCCUGUCCCCUUCCCUCUGCACGCGCUGGCUGCCUCUGAUCAUCAUCUUCGAGUAAACAUAGCAACUGAGGCUGAUGAGGCCCUUAUUGCACUCACUUUUUUAGGUUUGUUAGAAGCCAAGUCCUCAACGCUGGUAGGACAGUGGCUUCUAGCUCUAAAGGUCACCCCGGGAUCUGUCUCCAUGGUCCUCUGCUUUCAUCUUCCUCACUUCUGGCUGUCUCAGAGGAGGGAGGGGACUGGUAAACAGCCAAGUGGAAAUGUCUCAUCAAGGGUUUGGAGACAGGAGGAGGAACGUCAGGAGUGAGCCCCCAGCCCCCUUCAGCUUCUGCACCCCUCUGCCCUUUCUCUAGUGCCCAGAUCCUCCUGCUCAGACACCUGCUUAGUUUUCCUUCUGCCACGAGGAAUGUUUACCAGUAGGGUCCCUAUUAGGCUGACAUGAACCAUAGAUUCCAGGGCCAUCUCUUAAUAAAUAGCUGUCUGCAUUGACAACGAUGGGAAUGAAACAGUGAAAUAAGACUCAGAGAACAUACCCACGUGCCUCUUCAUGUCCUUCUUCCUUGUCCCUGCCUUUCCUCAGAAUAGCUCCCCCUCAGCUGCAGCCCUGGUCUGACUAGAGAGAGGGAGGUGACGCGCCUGGCCAACCUCAGUGUGGGGGUGAGUGGGUGGGGGUUAUUGAAGUGUAUGCACGCUGUGACAAGAGUCACAGCCAGCGCCCUGGAGCUGCCUGGGGCCCGAUGUUCCUCUCUCCCCCCUGCCACUAACAGCCCCGUCACCUUGCUCAAGUCUCUUUGCCUAGUGAGGUUUGAGAUCCCUUAUGAGGUGGUUUCUCCAAUACUCAGGAGGUACUUUUUCCCUCAUACAGAUUCAUGACUCCCUAGGUCAGGAAUCUACUUGGCCAUGUAAGAAGAAAUAAUAUGGACUUGACAAUUACAGAAAAUAUGGCUUUGGUGUGAUCACAUUUGCAUUUCUUAGAAGCCCCAGAGAGGAGAAGACGUGUGGCCAGGCCAUGUGCUUCAGGCUGGGUGGAUGGCCAUUGGCUUCACCCAUGUUGCUCUGCCAACUGGUGAACACAGAGUCUUAUACCUGAACCUGAGGAUGCUCUCCUGCUCCCCUGUGACCUCAGCAGGCUGAGACCAGCUGUCCCAUGCUGGCUCAGAGAAGAAUGCAGUGAGGAGAAGGGAAGUCAUGCCACUCUUCCACUUCUUCCUCCCUUCCCCCAACACCCUUGUCACCCUUUUGGUAACCAAAGAGGAAGACAUCAGAAAUAAUGUGU